AUGACAGAUGGUGAGCGGGAGAAGAUUUUAACUGAGAUUAUUGAAGAGUUUAAACUCUCUGAAAACACCGAGCAGGAGAUGUGUUUGAGAAUAAUUGGCGAGCAUUUUAUCCGUGGUGAAGUGAAACAGCUUCUUAUGUUUAUUACUGGCAUUGGAGGCUCGGGGAAAAGCCAUGUGAUCUGUGCAACUGUUGAAUUGUUUAGAAGAUGUGGGGCUCCCGAGAAAUUGACACUGAGCGCACCUACCAGAAGUGCAGCUGUAUUGAUCGAUGGCUACACAAUUCAUGCUUUGACAUUUUUGCCAAAA